AGUGCACGAACCACUACCAGCUGUCAUGUGAAAACAGAUGUACGAUCAGCGCAACGGAUAAACAACAAUACGACACUUUACCCAUUAUAACAAAGCUGUUCCGUCUAGGCUGUAGCAGGUGAGGCAGGCAGGGUCAGGAUGGCGGGAGCAGAGGUGUAUACCCCUGCAAACCCCACCUGCAAGAUAAUGACCUUCCGGCCCACCAUGGAGGAGUUCAGCGACUUCAACCAGUACCUGGUGUACAUGGAGUCCCAAGGAGCACACCGCGCUGGCCUCGCCAAGGUGAUCCCUCCUAAGGGCUGGAAGCCGCGGCGUAGCUACGACGACAUUGACGACCUGAUGAUCCACGCCCCCAUCCAGCAGAUGGUGGCGGGCCAGUCGGGCCUCUUCACCCAGUACAACAUUCAGAAGAAAGCGCUGAGUGUGCAGGAGUUCAGACGACUCGCCAACAGUGACAAAUACUGCACCCCUCGCUACUUGAACUAUGAGGACCUGGAGAGGAAGUACUGGAGGAACCUGACCUUUGUGUCGCCCAUAUAUGGAGCUGACGUCAGUGGCAGUCUCUAUGAUGAGGACAUUGAGGAGUGGAACAUCGGCCACCUCAACUCCAUCCUGGAUGUGAUCGAGGAAGACUGUGGCGUUUCCAUCCAAGGGGUCAACACACCCUACCUGUACUUCGGCAUGUGGAAGACCUCCUUCUCUUGGCACACAGAAGACAUGGACCUCUACAGCAUCAACUACUUGCACUUUGGCGAGCCCAAGUCUUGGUAUGCCAUCCCCCCUGAGCAUGGGAAGCGACUGGAACGUCUUGCCACAGGGUUCUUCCCCAACAGCUUCAAGGGCUGCGAGGCCUUCCUCCGUCACAAGAUGACCCUCAUCUCUCCCUCUGUCCUGAAGAAGUACGGCAUCCCCUUUGACAAGAUCACCCAGGAGGCAGGGGAGUUCAUGAUCACCUUCCCAUAUGGCUACCACGCUGGCUUCAACCACGGCUUCAACUGCGCCGAGUCCACCAACUUUGCCAGCGUGCGCUGGAUCGACUACGGCAAGGUGGCCACGCAGUGCACCUGCAGUAAAGACAUGGUGAAGAUCUCCAUGGACCCCUUUGUCAAACGCUUCCAGCCCGACCGCUACCCCAUCUGGAAGCUGGGCAAAGACUCCGCCCCCCUCGACCACACCCGCCCCACGCCGGGCUCCACCCCUGAGCUGCAGAGCUGGCUGCAGAGGCGCCGCAGGGUCAAAACGCCCGACAAGAGUAGCAACCUCCCUCACUCCCGUACGCGCUCCAAGCGCCUGCGGACCACAGAGGAGCCCCCGGCCCUGGAGGGCCCCUCGCUCCUCUCCAGCUGCAAGAGGGGCAUGCGGGGCCCCCUGGGGCCCAAAGUCCGGAGAGUACUGGCCCAGACAGGCAGCAAUACCAGGGAGGAAGAAGAAGAGGAGGAGGAGGAGGAGGAGGAGGAGGAGGAGGAGGAGGAGGAGGAGGAGGAGGAGGAGGAGGAGGAGGAGGAGGAGGAGGAGGAGGAGGAUGAGGCGGAGGAGAGCUCCUGUCUUAACCAGAAUCAGAACUCUCUCCAGUUCCCUGCAGGUCCUUGCAGACAGAUGUGCAUCGUCAAGGUGAACAGGAUGGAGAGCGACCUCCUGACUUUUCCCUACGCUGAAUUACCAGGUUCCCGUCGCCCCAACCCCUCCCCCUGUCCUACAUCUCCUUCCAGCAGAAAGGUUCUCUCAGGGCUGCCUCUCCCAUCCCCUCUGAAUGACCCCCAUCAGGACCCCUCGGGUUCAGAGGUCAUGACAGGACCCCGAUGUGGGUCAGACUCAGAGACUGCCCCUACGCAUGCCUGCUCAAAAAUGCCAGGACCCCAGGAUGGCAUUACUGAGCCUCUCCCUUUAGAAGCGGAACCCUCUUUACCUCUUCAGGAUGGCCGCAGUAGUAAAGCCGUGUGGUUGGGCUCUUCUCCCCCCCAAACGGGUUGUCCCGGUGGGCUCGAGAUGUUCACCAACCCCCCUGUCUCUGAAGCUCUGACAACCAGAGACCCGCCCACCCUAACACCCACCACCUCCAGCACUGACAUGGUCAGGGGUCAAGCUACUGAGACAGACAUCUCAAACACUACAAACCCAGCGAGGACGCAGCUCACCCGCCUGGCUCGCCACAAUCACCCCGCCACAGAAGCACUUUACGUGAACCCAGACCCAACGGGGAGUCAUCGUAGCUCCAGUUCAGUCUCGCUUCCUCCCGCGCCACACGUCCCCCCCGUACAAAGCCGCCCCUUCGAGAACGGCGCCCCCCCUCUGUUGCAGAGGAGUGCCGUCGGUGCCGACAUGCCCCUCCUCACCCCCGAGCUUGCGGGGGAGGAGCGCUUUGGCCCCCUCCCCCCCGUCCUCACCCAGGAGAUGCCCUCCCUCACCCUGGCCGUCAGCAGCGGUCUGGCAGAGGUGAAACCCUCCACAGUACUCGGCUCUCUACCCGCGCCCGUGCUUCAGCGGGAAACGCCUGUCCCCUCACCGCUCUCGCCUCAGACGCCGACCGCCGAGUUUGGAGAGGUGGCACAAACGUCGACGGUGAAGGAGUUGCUUCAGCUUAACCACCACUGGCACCCGAGUCCUCCUCAGGGGGGUUCCCAUACCGAACAGAUGGUGACUCACUCCACCGCCGACACCCGGCCCCAAACGCAUGCUGGCAACCUCCAGGAAACACUACUCGCCUCACAAACAGACUUUGAAAUGCCCCACAGGCAGUCUGAAAAUCGGACUCCUGCUGAGGCCAAUGUGAGAGGCAGCCAGUCAAGCUUUGAAGCUGCACCAGUAGCACAGCAGCUAAGUCUAUCUUCCAGACCCUCGCUCCUUGACACCUCAGGCACUCGCAUGACCAGUAGUUCCAGUCACAAUGUCAUUACUCACACUGGGCUAAGCAUUAAUACCAGCAACUACAAUAAUAACACCAUACUGGAUCAUCUUCAUGAUGAUGAGGCUCUUCAGCAUCACAACAUGGAUGCCCAUUGUAGUUCUCAAACUCUCUUUCUGGAGCCCAAACCAUUCUCUAGUGGCAUCUGGAAGAACCUCAACUCCCAGAGUCCCGCGGUGCUCAUUGAAAGCCUUCACCCCGAACUACCGGCGGACUUCACCCACGACUCCCUCCCUUACACCAUGUGGACUGAACCGCAGUGCAAAGAGGUCACAGACCUUGACGAGCCCAACCCCAACCAGCACCAGCAGGACAACCAGGAGGGGGAUGGGCCGCUCACCUGGGCCCAGCUGGAGUCCACCUCCCUGGGCUCAACCGGGGCUGUGGAGCCCCUAGGGCUCUGUGGAGACUUCGAACUCCAGAGAGGGGAGGUUGAGGCGGUCGAAGCCCUGGCACUGUGCAGGGAGCUGGGGGUGGAGAGGAAGGCCGAGGGGGGUCCUGACCCGGAGCCUCCAGGACUACCCCUGGAGGAGAGGAGAGACGGGGAGGAGGUUUCUGACAUGGAGGAGGCUGAGUCUGAGGAGGAGGAGGAGGAAGAGGAGCAGAGCAGUGCGAGGGAGGAGAGUAGCAGUGACUCUUCUUCUUCAGAGGAGAAUGAAAUGAGUGACUAUGGGUGUGGAGACGCUGGGCUGGAACCUGGGGAAGUUUGUCCUUACCCUCCUCCCUUGGUGAAGAGGAGCGGGAAGAGCUGGCGCCACCCUCUCAGGAAGCCCACUGCCCGAGCUGUGCCCACCGCCGUCAAGCAGCAGGCCACCAGCGAUGAUGAACCCCUUGAGGCCAUCCUGGCAGAGGGAGAUGAACAGGAAGUCGAGCCAUGGGCUAAGCCCCUCCUCUUCCUGUGGCAAAACAGAAAGGGCUACUUCACAGCAGAGAGGGAGUACAACUCCAUGGCAGCCGCCAUGCAGCCCUACUGUGCCAUCUGCACGUUGUUCAUGCCCUACUACCAGCCUGAGGAGCGAGCGGAGGACAGCAAGUCCAGCAGCUCCGCCCCUCUGGAGAGUGUGGACUUGGGCGGAGGCAGAUCAGAAAGCGGGGCCCCCGGGGGCCUUCUGAGGAGGACCAAGCCUCUGAUCCCAGAGAUCUGCUUCUCCUACCGGGAGCAGAGCGGACCCCCCACCCCCACCAACCCCCUCCUGCAAGAAGACGGCACCUGCCCCCUGCUCACCUGCCACAGCUGCUGUCUGCAGGUCCACGCAAGCUGCUACGGCGUCGCAGCGGACGACAUUGCCGAGGAGUGGUCGUGCGACCGGUGUACGGAGGGAAGCUUCACAGCGGACUGCAGUUUGUGCAACCUAAGAGGUGGAGCCCUUAAGAAAACCACAGAGGACAAGUGGGCCCAUGUGAUGUGUGCGGUAGCUUUGCCGGAGGUGCGUUUCAGUGAUGAAGCCAGGAGGAGCCCCAUAGACACCAGCAGGAUCCCUAUGCAGAGAUACAAACUGAAGUGCAUCUACUGCCGGAAGCGAUGUUGGGGGAAGCGACAGGUUGGAGCGUGCAUCCAGUGCUCAUGUGGCCGCUGCCCCACCUCCUUCCACGCCACAUGCGCCCACGCCGCCGGCGUCACCAUGGAACCUGACGAUUGGCCCUACGUGGUGUCAAUCACCUGCCAUAGGCACCAGUCGCGAAACUCUCUGGCGAAGCAGCCGGCUUGCCAGAAAGACAUCACACUGGGCCAGACGGUGAUCUCCAAACACAAGAACCUCCGCUAUUACAGCUCCAAGGUCACCCAGGUCACCUCCCAGACCUUCUACGAGGUAAUGUUCGACGACGGCUCCUUCAGCAACGACACCUUCCCCGAAGACAUAGUGAGCAGAGACUGUGCUCUACUGGGUCCUCCUGAAGUUGGGGAGGUGGUUCAGGUCAAGUGGCCAGACGGGCUGUUCUACGGAGCCAAAUACAUGGGCUCCAACAUCUCCCACAUGUACCAGGUGGAGUUUGAGGAUGGGUCCCAGGUGGUGGCCAAGAGAGAGGAUGUCUACACUCUGGACGAAGAUCUGCCCAAAAAGGUGAAGGGGAGACUCUCCACGGCCUCCAGCAUGCGUUUCCAGGAUGCCUUCUUCACCUCCCAGGGAGAGAGGAAGAGGCAGAGGACCCCCAACUCCCGCUUCCAGAAAGACUAUGUGGCCCUCCCAGGCCUCCGUACUUCUACCAAGAGCACAUGGGAACCACGAGGCAGUCCCAAAGGGAAAUGAAGGCAGGCAUGAGGAGAGAGACCCAGUCGAAGAGUACACUGAAGUGAAUGUCAAGUGAUUGUCAAGGGUGUUGUCGUGCGUGUGCCUCCGUGUGUGAAUGUGAAAGAAAGGGGGCUAGGUUGGUGGAGACAACUAUGGUUGGACGAUGUUCUGAAGGGUGGCGGAACAGAGUGCAUCGUGGGUAGUGGUUUGCCUAGCGUUUCCGAUCUGUCAGGGAAAUCAAACAACAAAACAAACUUAUAUUUGUCACACCUUUUUUGAAAUAAAUGACAAAAACGAAAAGUUUUUCCUUUGUAAAAUAUACAAAACGAAACAAGAUUUUUUUCUAAAUGCCCUACAUACAGUAGCUUUUGGGGAAUCUCCCCUGUUCUUAUUUUGGAUAUUAAUGCACUUUUUGCUUGUUCGAUCAUUAUUUGUUGUUCUGAGCCUACUCCCUUCCCUGCAUGUUCUUAUUGUCUGAUUCUGCUUUUGGGCCAAGUCUCAAUAGUCUACAGCAACUUCCUUUUCUCGCCUCUUCCUCUCUUAAUACUUACCUAAAAGUACAUUAUUUCCUUGAGUUCAACAUUUUGAUUUAACCCAUUUUAUCAUGACCUUGGGUUAUAUAAAUCUAUGGCCCUGAACUGGCUUGGUUAGUACAUUAUGAAGCACAGGAGACAAAAGAAUGAGAUGAAUCCAUGUUAGACUAUUGGGAUGUGACCAUCCCACCCUAUGUGAAAACACACUACUUAUAAACUGUCACUGUUGAAUGACAUGCUUUGUCAAAUUAUUUAAUUUAAUAUUUGUAUUUAUUUUUGGCUUGCUAUAAUGUAUUGCUACUGUAACUGCUGUAAGCAAGAGAAAACAAUAAAACAUCCAUGUUGGCUUUUUUAAGACCCCACUAUUGUGUGUUUGCUUGGUCCUGAAUAACUGUAGCAGGGUUCUCGAGGGGUCUUAAAAAGUCUAAAAUUCUGAACUCAGAUUUUCAUCCGAGGUCAUACAUUUUAUUUUGUCAGGUGAGGUCUAAAAAAGGUUUUACCCUUGUUCAUUUCCAGAAACGCUGUUCGCAGAGAAUUGUUACAAAAUAGCAAAAAAGUAUUGUCGUAGCCUACAAAGCGGAGUCCAG